AACAUGGAAUAUUAGCGUGUGUGUUACCUUCUUCAUCAAUUCCAGUUAUAUAUAUAGAACCAAAUGAUAUGCUUAAUUAAAGGAUCCAUUUUACUCAGCUGAAGCCAUGGAUGUGACUUCUCUUCCAGUGCCCUUAGUUCAAGAACUAGCAAAGAAGGAACAUACGAGAGUUCCAGAGCGUUAUGUUCGUCCUCACGAUGAGAAUGCUGUAUUAUAUAAUAACUCUAGUACUACUCCAUUACCACAGGUUCCAGUUAUUGACCUUAGCAAACUGUUGUCUAAAGAUCUCAAGGUAGCUGAGCUGGAGAGACUGCAUCUAGCGUGCAAAGAAUGGGGUUUCUUUCAGUUGAUUAAUCAUGGAGUCAACACUUCAUUGGUGGAAAACGUGAAGAAAGAUGUUCAAGAAUUCUUUAAUCUUCCACUAGAACAGAAGAAGAAGUUUGAGCAGAAGCAAGGAGAUUCUGAAGGGUAUGGUCAACUCUUUGUUGUGUCUGAAGAUCAGAAACUUGACUGGGGAGAUGUGUUUUACAUGGUAACUUUGCCACAAGAAAAGAGGAAGCCUCACUUAUUUCCAAAAUUACCCUCAACAUUCAGGGACGAUCUAGAAACCUAUUGUGUAGAAAUGAAAAAACUUGCUAUUAAGAUCCUUGAGUUAAUGGCAAAUGCCCUCACAAUAGAGACUGCAGAAAUGACAGAACACAUUGCUUCAGGGACUCAACUAAUGAGAUUUAAUUAUUAUCCUCCAUGUAUUCAACCUGAGCUUGUGAUGGGACUCAAUCAUCAUUCUGAUGCUGGUGGCCUCACCAUCCUUCUCCAAGCCAAUGAUGUUGAAGGUCUUCAAGUGAAAAAAGAUGGAAUGUGGAUUCCCAUUAAACCCCUCUCGAAUGCUUUCAUCGUUAACAUUGGAGACAUAUUAGAGAUAAUAACAAAUGGAAUUUAUCGAAGCAUUGAACACCGAGCAACGGUUAACUCGGAGAAGGAAAGGCUUUCUAUUGCCACAUUUCACAGCCCUAGUAUGGAAUCAACUUUUGGUCCAGCACCAAGCCUUAUUACACCAACAGCACCAGCAAUGUUCAAACCAAUCACAUAUGAAGAAUACUUAAAAAGGUUCUUGGCACGAGAACUUCGUGGGAAAUCUUUCAUUGACACCUUGAGAAUUGAAAAUGAAAAUGAAAAAAGUUAAGAUAAAAUGAUGGAGAAAAUAGAAAAGUUAAAUAAGGCACUGAAGCUUCUGUGUCUGAUUCUAUGUUCAUCAAACAUGCAUGAAGUUGUGUUCUCGUAUCCCCCUCCCCUGUUCUGUUAUCUUUGCUCUGUUUUUGCUGAUUUUAGCCCUUGGUCUGUAUAGUGUACGCUUAUUUGGCACUUCUUGUGCUCAAUAUAAAUUUGGCUUACUUAAAACAAUGUUCAACUAUGUUCUAUAGGAAUAAAUAGACGAAUAAUUAAUGGUUCACACCUCAAAAUGAGGUGGAGGAGGAGAGAGACACGAAGAAAAUGAGAAAGAAAUUAUAAGAUGUGAUAGAAAUAAAAAUAUGUGGAAAUGAAGUGUAUAAAAAAUGAGUUAUGAAUAU